GUUACUAAACUACAGAUGUUUGGAGCUUGUAUAUAAUCUCAGUGUACAUGUGAUUUUCAUUGAAGAAACUAUUUUUAAUUAGUACAAAUAAUAUAUUAAAUACAUAAUGACUAGUCAAACGCAUAUACAGAAGGUUCGAUUCCUGUACAAAACUAUAUUCAAACUGCACAAAGGACUUCCAGAGGAGUUGCAGAUUUUAGGUAACAGUUAUACAAGGGACGAGUUUAAGAGGCACAAAAAAUGCACAAAUGAGGAAGCAGCCGUAUUUAUGUCGGAAUGGACCAAUUACGCAAUUACGAUAGCGGAACAAUUGGGACUUAAAGGUCCAAAAACUGGCACGAAGAAACUCGGAAAACCACUCAAUGAAUGCGAAUUGGAACUAUUUAGGGAUGAGCAACUCCAUCAACUCUACGAGCUUAUGGUCACCGCGAAAUCCGAAAAAACAGACAAAGAAAUGUGAUUUUAAAUAGAACAAAUGUAAAUUAUUAUCACAAAUAUAUUAUUUGUAGUUUA